AGGAUUUCAAGUAAUUACCUCCAUAAAUAACUCUAAAAUAGAGCUCUUGUUGUACUUAUUCUUCGCUCUUCGUCUUCAUUUUCUCCUUCUUCCAAACAAAAGCAUGGCCGCUAAUGUUGAAGCUACACCACAGAGAGCUCAAGUCCGGCGAACGGCGCAAUUCCAUCCAUCUGUUUGGGGUGACUACUUCAUCAAAACUGUAAUGGAUGAUAAGGCCGUGAGCCUUUGGUCGGAACAAGCAAAAGUUCUAAAAGAAGAAGUUGCAAGAAUGUUUACUUGUGAUGCUGAAAAACCUUCAGGAAAACUGAAGUUGAUAGAUGCAAUCCAACGACUUGAUUUUCAAUAUCCAAAUAUAUGGAAUAACUGUUCCCAUUAAUAUCUGUAACUAAAAAAAUUUCAUCCGCUCGCCUACAAUUUCGAAGAUGAAAUCGAGCAAGUGUUAGAUGGAGUUCAUCGUACUUGUGAUAACUGUAAUGAUGAUAAUGAACUUGAACUUCAUACCGUCGCA